GAAAUUCAAUUCAACCCCAAAAGGAACAGGACAAAUCAAAUAUAACUCCUAGAACACGAUUUGUACGGUGAAAUUGAAUUUUAACUGGUAUUCGGCAGCUGAUCGAUCGAUAAAGGAUGUCAAUAACUACUAUGACGAUGAAUUCCCCGUUUUGUUAUUCUCAUUCAUACAGUUCUGGUCUUCACCAAACCCUGGAAACCUCUUGCUCUCCUUCCUCUUCUAUCGCUUUAUUAAAUGUUACUCCUCGCAAGAUUUUGAGCUUUUUGGGGAAUCCAAUUUCGGUAUUCAGGUUCGACAAUCAGGUGCGUAGGGCGUCCCUCCGUUACCAGGGGAUUCGUUUUCCCAAUUGUAAUAGGCAGACAGUUGCGAAGGCAGUUGCAACACCUGAUUCAGCUGUGGAAUUGCCGCUCACUGCAGAAAACGUGGAGUCUGUAUUGGAUGAAAUUCGACCUUAUCUCAUUGCAGACGGUGGAAAUGUUGCAUUACACGAAAUUGAUGGAAAUGUUGUAAAGUUGAAGCUACAAGGGGCGUGUGGCUCCUGCCCAAGUUCUGUAACCACAAUGAAAUUGGGGAUUGAGCGCCGUCUGAUGGAAAAGAUCCCUGAAGUUGUUGCUGUUGAGUCAAUACCAGAUGAAGAAACUGGCCUUGAGCUGAACGAAGAAAACAUAGAGAAGGUGUUGGAAGAAAUAAGACCUUAUCUCGUCGGGGCAGCCGGUGGAACUUUAGAGCUCGUGGAAAUUGAGGAACCGAUAGUAAAAAUCCGAAUAACUGGCCCUGCAGCAGGCGUGAUGACCGUUCGAGUGGCUGUAACUCAGAAACUGCGAGAGAAAAUCCCAGCCAUUGCAGCAGUUCAACUAUUGCAAUAGAAAAAUUAUCUUCAAGGUACCUCGUGCCUAUUUUAUUUCAAUGAGGACCCAUAAAUAGAAGUCAGCAAUAAAUGGUUUUUAGCUUCUACUGAGAAUUAUAAAUGAGACGAGCCAGUUGGUAUAUACUUGGUUUGACGCCUGGACUUGCUGCUACAUUUUGUACAGUUUAUUUGGCUGCAAUGCUCUGUCCCCACGGCCUCUGUUGACUGUUGCUUAAGAAAUUUGUGCUCUUGUAAUUAACCAUUUGAAUUGAAUUAAAUUUAUUGUGGGGAAUGAUUUGCGAAUAUGGCA